CUUAGUGUCACAAUAAAGACAUUCAACACUUCCAUACACUUAACAGUGUUCAAGUGUCCUUAAAGCUCCACCCACGGACAUUUCAUUUAGACUCCACCCCUCACUUCACGUUGCUGAAAUGAAAGAUGGAAGAAGUUGACAAUGAGGAAUCAUUUUGCAUCAGUAGUGUUGCUGUGAGCUGAAUUGGCACAGACUGUGCAACAUCUGGCAAUGUAAGUGUAACGCUAAUGUAAGUUAACGCUACAUUAUAUCUUCAUUAUACUGUCUUCAUUUGUAAUGAGCUAAUGGCUAACUAGCUAAUUGGCACGAGGAGCCCCCACACGUAGGCCUGCUGGCCCACAGCAAAGGACUUGAUAUGCUGUCCAGAUACAAGAUAUCAAGGUUGGGCAACUGUAAUUGUUACUUUAACUUAAAAAUAAUUGUCAGGCAUGUGUUGGAAGUGAACUAAAUACACGUUUGUUUUUUUUUAGAAUGAUGCAUCUUUAUUUUUCUUCUUGAUUCACAGAAAACCUUUGCUUGAGUCUUACAUGAAUGUGAGGUGGAUGGAGACGUCUUUGAUGAUCUUGUCAAGUCAGGUGUUUUGACUUUCAAGGUCCUUUUAUCAGUGACAGAGUAAGAUAUUGGUUGGAGAUGAAGCAUCCUCCUCUGUGCAGACUUCACUAUCCCCAGCUUCACCCCAGUUAUCGCCAGUUGGUGGCGAGUCUCCACUCUUGCCUGCUACAUCCCAUUCAUCAGGUUCGACAAUUUAUCCUUCAGCCCACAAGGAAGAGGAACUCAACAGAACCAAUGGAUCAGGAUGAAGCAAGACAGAAAGUCAAUGGUGUUUUGAGGGCCAAUCCAGAAGAUGGUGAACAUCCUGGUUGCAGAUAUGAUGGAGCUGCAUGGGUCACUUCCUCCUUUCCAUUAGAACAGUCAUUCCAGACGGGCAGCAACUGCAGAGGGUUCCGCCAUCAUGUGUGACGACAAAUUACGCCACGAGAAUUGUGACUUGUUUUCCAUACCUCAAAGAUGCAUUCUCCAAACCUGGAUAUGUUCAGGAAAAAAGAGUUUGACAAAAUAUGUAAGAGAUGUGGGAGGAGGAUGUGGAGCGGCGUUAUUGUCGCAGCUUUACUUUUUGUCGGCUCAGUCUUCAUUCCUUCAGCUUUCAGGAUGCUGCUUAUAGUGCUGCUACUCGCGUCCACAGUCGAUGGCCAGGUCCAGCAUGUGUCAGGCCACAUGAACAAUGGCUCAUGCACAUGCGAAGUCAACACCAACAUGUGGCUCUUCCCUGCUGUGAAAUAUGAGAGCACACUGCAGAAAGUGGAGUCUUGUGAGGAUUCCCUAAAACUACUACAAGACCAGGUGGACCGAUCCCACCAGCGCCUCCCUGAGAUUCAUGCAGUGCUUAACAACAUAACAGCUCGGCUGGAGCCUUACCAGUACCUGAAUUAUAGGGGCCUGUACUCGACUCUGCAUCUGCGUCCGCUGGCCGAGGACCUCAGCAAGCUGGAGGAUGACAUCAACACCAUGUCCACUCAGCUGAACAACGAUGAAACCGAGAGACUUUCCAAAGAGGUCAGUAAACUGCGAAGAGACGUCGACAAGAUGGAUAUGGCAAACUCAAUCAACAUGAAGACUAUGAAAGAGAAACUUCGCAAAUUGAAGAACAGUGCUGUCUCUUGCUUGUCAAUCCCCAAAGAUUUCAAAGGUAAGCAACGGUAUUGCCUCAAGGGUCUAAUUACCAACAUCAGCCAGCCAGUCACAACUAAAGUCAGCCCAUACGGGAAGAACAUCAUUUCUGGCUCAUGGGGCCGACAGACUCAAAGGGACAGCGAAGCCCUGAAUACCGCCUUCUGGAUUCAGCCUUUGGUCCACAGCCAUUAUUCUGGCAACACCCUGAGAGUAUAUCAAUCAUACGAAGACUUCAUGGCCUCCGCUAACCACCAAGAUUUCAUCCUGGCUCCAUCCAGCACCCAUCCUAACGCCAUUGAAGGUCCUAGUGCAGUCCUGUACGGAGAGGCUCUGUACUAUCAUUGCUAUGGCUCUGCAGAUGUCUGCCGCUAUGACCUGAAUAGCAAGGCAGUAGCAAGGGUCACACUUCCCGGCAUCACUCAGGCAUUCAUCAACAAAUUCCCUUACUGUUAUAUUGACUGUCGUGCCAGAAGUGACGUGGAUGUGGAAGUAGACGAGACAGGCCUGUGGGCCCUCUAUGCCACGGCUGGUAGCCAUGGCAAUAUAGUGGUAAGCAGACUAUCUUGGGACAAUGAAGCUGAGACGCUCAAUGUCACUCAAACGUGGGAGACGAGGCUGUUCAAGAGGGCAGCAACCAAUGCUUUCAUGGUGUGUGGAGUGCUAUAUGCUACUCGCUUCUUGGAUGAUCACCGUGAAGAGGUGUUCUAUGCAUUUGACACAGCAACAGGCAAAGAGGACAACACGCUGGCAUUGCCGCUUGACAAGAUCACUGAUGGAGUUGCCAGUCUGAGCUUCAACCCCAUCGACAGGCGGCUCUACAUGUUCAACAAUGGAUAUCUUCUAGCCUAUCAAACCCACUUCUUUUGAAAUGAAUGAAAAUCUGAAGCAGUUCUCGAACAUUAUGUUGAUAAAUCAGUUGUUUAGGAUUGUCAUUAGAGGGAUGGUCGUAAACUAUCCAAAUGUAUCUUUUCCUAAUUUUUUCUAAUUGUUUUUGUUCAACUCUAAAAAAUAGCUAUUAAAAAAAUCUAUUUUAUAUGUUAUAUAUAUAUAUACAUAUAUAUAUAUAUAUUCAAUUAUUUUAUCCCCAAAAUGUUUUGUUCCUAAAAUUGCUUGAGCAUCAGUGUGUAGUUUGUAGGUUUUUAAUGGACACAGACUCAUAUUUCUUUGGUAGUGUAAAAUAAAUAGCUUAAAAUAGAUUGCCGAGAUCGCAUGUGACAAAUGGCAGCAGAUGACCACUGUGGCAUCGACAAAAACAAAAGCUAAAAGCCUAGUAAAAUAUUCCUGUAAGGUUGCCGUCUGACCUUUAGUUCUUACUUAUUCUCUUAUUCUCUCUACGUUAGCAAAAGCAAUUUUUGGUUUCAAAGUGUCUUUGUAGAUAGAUUUACACAAGAAAAACUAAAUUGUAUGUAGCACCGAUGUGAGCAAAAAACAUUUUGUUGGGGUUUUUUACUGAAUAGGACACCCAGAUUUUGGAUUACAAUUACAAUUACAAUUUGAAUAGCAAGGUAGAGUCCAAAUAUGAAAAAAAACAUCUGUUUUUUCUUUUCUGUUGACUAGUGCUUUUAUUUUUUGGUUAUAUGAAAUAAAAUAUGCAAUAAAAAUCAAACUGUUUAUUUAUCCAUCCAUCCAUCCAUUUUC